AUGUGCGAUAUUUCUGACACCGCUUCGGAAACAGUUCGAUAUCAGUGCAUCAACGAUUUUGCUGAAAAAUUAGCAGCAGAGUUAGUGGAAGACAGCAUUUUGGAAGCCUCUUUGGUUUAUCAAAAAGACGAAACUUAUAGUGGUGAAGGAAAUGUGCCUGAAAUAAAAGAGUCAUGCAAUAGUUUUGCAGAUCACCAGAAAAAAGGACUUCUCUUCGAUGGUAUCAAAAAUGCCAUUGACAAUAUCGAUUUUCUUCCUUUCGCAAUCCUCAAAGUACUAGAGUGGCUGUAUGUAUAUCAUGAUUAG